AUGACCCAGAACGCCAAGUCCAUCAUCAUUGGCGUGGUCAUCCCGCUCGCGGCCAUCGUGCUCGUGCUCGGCGUGGCGUUGGGGAAGGCGUGGCACAAGCAGCGCAAGGAGGACAUGGAGGACCACGACCCCGACUUUGACGGCGAUGCCGAGUUCGUGUCGGACCUGGCCAGCGGCGGACAGUACACGCCGUACAAAAGUUACCCGGACAUGGUAGCGGGCGCGCCGUCGGCCCCGUCGGAUGCGAGCGACAAGCAGAUGGACCCCGUAUACACCCGCCCGUAG